AUGCUGGAGUCUUUUGAAGACGCGUACACGGAUUACUUGUCCAGCCUGCUGUGCCACACCGACGUGGAUGUGAACAUUGUUAGGGAGACACUCCGCUCAGUCGGCAUAGAUGAGGCGGACAUCAAUGAUAUGCUGGGAGACGGUCUUCACAGAUGUCCGUCAAGUGCCACAUCUGACUCGUCGUGCUGUGAAGGGCAUACACCAAGUAGACAUUCGGUGGCGAGCCCCAACGAAAUCUCUGUUUUUUCUUCCAACAGCGAGAGGCCUGAUGCUCUGCUUGGGCACACACACGCGCCACGAGGAGAGGUCGCGCAAAAGCAACAACAAACCCGGUGCGUUUCACCUAGUGUAUCUGCAGUGUCGUCGAGUGCCGAUGGGGAACCGCCGGCGCACAAGCAGGGUUCACCGCCCUUGUCACCCGACGCAGCGGACUCUAGGGGAGAGGGACUGCAGCGUUCUCAGGAGAGGAUGUGGGAAAACUUCAUCGUGACACCUGAGCGACGUGAUCGUUACAGGACGCAUUUGCGUGCCCUGGAGAGACUUCUUGGCGUCGCCUUGCACCUUGUUGACAGUGGCGGUGAGGACAGUCUGCCGCUAGAAAUUCGUAGCUUUCUCUGCCGCCAGCGCAUGGAAAAGUGGCUGCUCAGUGGGUGCAGGAAAAAGGAGUUGCUUUCUCCUCCUCCUCCUCCUCCUCCUCCCUCUUUGCCUCCACCACGGAGGAGACCAAAAGAGCGGCUUGACGGGGCUAGACGAAUACGGGAAGAGAAAGAACUUCGGGGUGGGCACUGCACCAGUCGCGUUAAGGGCUGUGAAGUGCAUCCGCCGCGCGGCCGCCAUCACGGGAGCCCCCAAAGACAUGUGACAAGCAGUAGCAGCAGUGGCUCUCGACGGCAGUGCGAGUUGUGUGCAAGCCUGGAGGACAGGUUCCUUUCUGCUCGCGGAGCAGGGCGUCUUCACCAGCCGCAGAUAACACCAGUUGCGGUGGGGAAUUCAUGUGGUGUGAAGAUGCUGCCCCAGGUUAUGAAUACUGUUGGAUGUGGGCGGAUGAGCGCUAAGGCCGUCGUGACGACGCUACCUCACCGGGAAGACCGUGUAAGGAAGGCGCUGGCAUACCGCGAUGAAUGGAGCACUAUUGGCGUUUUGGAAGGGCACAAUAAUAUGCCAUGGAGGAUUUGUCACGCUACUAAAUGUGGUGGGGUGUGUUGA